AUGGAAGAUGUAACAAAUACUGCUUUAACCAUCUCCCACAUCAUUCAGCGUGGCCGCCCCCUCACGGCCGCCUCACCUCUCGUCGCCGCCCGUCCUAUCUUCAUCUCAAAGCCCCAAAAGAAUCCUGGCCAUGACAAUCGGAAGAAACCCUCUUCUGCCACCCUGCAAGAUCCUAACCCUAAGACUCUCGAACCUUUGAAUCAGCCGACCACCCUCAUCGGAGCUCUUACACUGCCCUCUUUCUUUGAGCUUACCUCACCGAUUAAGUGCAGUUGCUUUCAGUUUUCUGAUUAUUCCGCUACCAUUUGCUGUGACGUCUUGGACUUCGACCCAAUAAUGAUUGGCAGAGAGAUUAAGGUCCUCGCUUGGAAUUUUAUUCCUCUGAAAUGUGAUAAUAAGGGUGUCAAGAGUGGGUUUCUGGAGAUUAUUUCCUGGGAUUUUCUCCUAGCAUGGACUGGGGAAGUUUGUUGUUCUCCGAAUUUGGGUCCGUUUUGCUUGAAUUUUGGAGCUUGUGACGUUAAGGAUAAAAUCAAAACUAGCUGUUUGAUUUUUGGUGCUAUUGAGUCCAUAAGUCCUGUAUUUGUUGUUCCUUGCACAAAUGGUGAGAGUAGUUCGAAAAAUGUUAGCGGGUUUCUUGUUAGUCUUCUUACCUGUCAAUGCAAAUUUUGUGCUUCGAAAUUUCUGGUACAGCAACUGAAAGAUCUGAGUGAGAUUAAUGUCAAAGACCAUUAUUUUUGUAAGACAGCGAUUGCGUACUUUUGUGCCUCGACAUCAUCAUGGCAUCCCAUGAUGUCACGGUUUAUUGGCAACAUAGUUCUUCUAAGGGGUUUAAAGAAAAGACUGGUUUAUAUAAAGAAAGAAGAGUCUCAACUGAUGCACGUAACAACAGAUGAAACAUCAUUGCACAUUGCUAUGGUCAAGGAUCAAGGUCGUAUUCACAAUGCAGAAACCAGAAGAAAUGCUGAAUUUGGUAGCUAUACUGGGGUCAUUACUGGAAUGGCUCAGAAGUAUGCUACAUCCCUUUUGCCAUCAUCGGUUUACCGAUCUCAGGCAAAGGGCUUCAGACUAGUCAUAGAAGGCAUGCACCCAAAGCUGGUUGACUUCGAUUCAACCAUAUAUCAGCCUUUAUCUUGCCGAAGUAUUUUUAGUAAUGCGCUACCCCUAAAAAGGAUGAAGUUGUCGAUCUAUCUAUGUAACUGUUUGAUUGAUGAAGACUCUAGAGGCCAUUCUGUUUUCUUUGAAUUGAAUGAGAAGUCCGAGAAGCUUGAAAAUGCAAAAUUUCACUUGCUUUUGUUGACAUACAAAUUUCCUAUUAAGCAAAAGUUUCAAGGAGAUCUAGCAAAGGGGUCCAACAUGUUUGCUCAGGCAAUCAUCUUGCCCUGGGAUUUGCUUCUUGAUGGGGCAAGUAGAGAUACGGUCAUGAUCGUGGCUCCCUCAGAAUAUAGUAAGGUUUCUGUAGAAAGCAUAGCCAGACAUGAGAACCAUCUUGUACAUAAGAGAAGAAAACCUGAGCAAAUUCCAAUCAAGGUUUCCAAUGGUGGUCUGAAUGAUGCUCGGAAUGGAAUAAGUGAUUCCUGUAGUUCUUGCAGCAACCCUUGCGUUUGGAAUAAUCCACUAGAACUGCCUUGUGUAGUUGCCACUAAAGGUGUAAGUUGUUAUUGCACGGGUAUGCUUUUUUGUGCUAAUGAGCUUACUGAGAUUGUUUGUGUCUGCAAACUACCAAUGAGGAAGGUAUUACUGGAAUUCGACCCUGAUAGCUUUAGCAGAUACGAGGUGUCCAAAAUUGGUCGUUGUUACCUAGUUUCACAUCAAGAGGAAGACAUGUUAUGUUCUAUAAAAGAAAAUUAUCAAGUCAGCCGUGCUAAAGUUAACGUUAGUUCUGGUACCAUUCUCAGAAGUAUUUCGUUCUCAUCAAUCGAAAGUCUCCAUAGUUCUCAUCUCUCCAAUGAAUUUCCAUGUCCGCCCAAUAAUGAGGUGGACAGUAAGAUUCAUUCAGAAAUUAGCGUGUUUGUCCCUUCCAGUGCUCUAAAUUUACUGGAGAGUUUCACUAAGGCAUGGGAGAGGGGUCCUUCUGGGCCAAAUUACUCUCUCGAGGAAGUUGACAACCCUGACCUCGUUCAGCCUGUGAUAGAUGCAUCCAUGCAGUCUUUAAGCAUUUCACGUUCUAAUUGCAAUUUGCCCGAAGGAAACCUAAUAACUUUACACGGUCCUGUAGUUGCUUUGCAUGAAUGUAAUGAUGAUGCUUUUCCUGCACAUUCUAAGCCUAUCAUAGCUGGUGAAGGUUAUUUACCGAUGUUUCACAAUGGGAAUGGUGGUGGUGUAUGUGUGCAUGUUUUGGUGGACAGUCGAAUGGCCAGAAUCAUCUGUGAUGUAGGUAAACAAACUUUCCCUGUUGGCUUAGGCAGGGAUACUUAUGCAACCUUUCACCGGAUCCUCGUAGUAAGUGGGCAGGACAAGUAUAUGAUGACUCCUGUAUCUUUCAUCACAAUCAACAACACAUCCUUGAUGAAUAAAAUACUAGCUGACGAGGAAUAUGAUGCCUGUACACCUGCUGUAGGCUUAACUGGUAGAACUAUUCCGGAAGUCAUUCCCAUAUCACUAAUCUGUGAUGCAUUCCAAUUGUUAGAGCCUAAAGCGAUGCAAUUUCAUUGCAGGGUUGUAGCUGUUUAUACACUUCUAGUGGAGAAAGCUGGAACAAGUGCAGUUUCUCAAUCAAGUGCAACCUCUGAACAAUCUGCUUUGGGGAUACCAUUUGCUGGUUUUGUCAUAGAUGAUGGGUCAUCCUGCUGCUGCUGUUGGGCUGACUCUGAGAGGGCUGCAAUGUUACUUGGGUUGGAGCCCAAAGAGCAUUUACUUCAAGAUUCAGCAGAAACUUUGGGGGUAUCCAAAUCUGGCACGGGCUCACAAUGCAGCUCCACUAUAAACCAACUCAACCAGAUGUUAGAGAAGCAUGGCAGAAUUGUGGUGAAAAAUUAUGGGUCCUUGUUUGAUUCUUCGUGCCAAGACCUUUCAUUUUCUGUUGGUUCGGAUGGAUUAAUUGGUAGCUCGGAUGAAGACCUUCUUAGAAGCUUGAUUGCUGAUGCUAUUUCCAGUGUGUCUUGGACUAUUGAUGGCAACCUCAUGGAUGCAAAACUUUGUAGCUGGUUGCAAGAGCACUUAACUAAAGUGGAUAUGGCGGUUCCAACACUGUUGAAUAUAUGGGCGAGAAAUGUUGGUCACACGGACGUGCUUGAAGAAGCUAGGAACAUCAUUCGAGGGUUCAAACUAUGA